CGGCCCGCAGCGUUCGGAGGAGGGUGGGACCGGCAGGAAGCGAAAUGGUUACUUUUUUUAAUGCGGGCUCUGGUUACUUUUGAGGAUCGCGGGCCCGGAGCAGGCUGCCGGCGCAGAGAGGAGACAGGGGUUUUCUCUGCGGUGGAGGAUCCUGGAGAGACACAGAGCUGGGGCGUAGGGGAUGCGGUGGCCUGUGCGAGGUGACUCAAACACGGGGAAGCCGAGUCGGCGAUGCCGACAGGGACAGAGGAUCUCCGGGGAGCUGGGGGACCUCUUGCCCGGCCCCUCACAGCUGAUUAGCUAGCAGCCGCGGCCGCCACUGUUUGAUGUCCUGGGACUGAGAAGCCAGCUCUGCGACUUCACUGUUAUGCCUUUGGAGAUGGAGCCCAAGAUGGGCAAGCUGGCCUUCGGCUGCCAGAGGAGCUCCACGUCGGAUGACGAUUCGGGCUGCGCGCUGGAGGAGUACGCCUGGGUGCCCCCGGGGCUCCGACCCGAGCAGAUCCAGCUCUACUUUGCUUGCUUGCCGGAGGAAAAGGUCCCUUAUGUUAACAGCCCUGGAGAGAAACAUCGAAUUAAACAGCUUUUGUACCAGUUGCCACCACAUGAUAAUGAGGUGCGAUAUUGCCAGACUUUGAGCGAGGAGGAGAAAAAAGAGCUGCAGGUGUUCAGUGCUCAGCGGAAGAAAGAAGCACUUGGAAGAGGAACGAUUAAACUUCUGUCCAGAGCAGUGAUGCAUGCUGUGUGCGAGCAGUGUGGGUUGAAGAUCAACGGAGGAGAAAUCGCCGUGUUCGCCUCGCGAGCGGGCCCCGGCGUGUGCUGGCACCCGUCCUGUUUUGUCUGCUUCACGUGUAACGAACUGCUGGUCGACCUCAUCUAUUUUUAUCAGGAUGGAAAAAUCCACUGUGGCAGGCACCACGCUGAACUGCUGAAGCCCCGGUGUUCCGCCUGCGACGAGAUCAUCUUUGCCGACGAGUGCACAGAAGCCGAGGGCCGCCACUGGCACAUGAAGCACUUCUGCUGCCUCGAGUGUGAGACGGUGCUGGGGGGGCAGAGGUACAUCAUGAAGGACGGCCGCCCCUUCUGCUGUGGCUGCUUCGAGUCCCUGUACGCCGAGUACUGCGAGACCUGUGGGGAGCACAUCGGUGUGGACCACGCGCAGAUGACCUACGGCGGGCAGCACUGGCACGCGACGGAGGCCUGCUUUUCCUGCGCCCAGUGCAAAGCCUCCCUGCUGGGGUGUCCCUUCCUCCCCAAGCAGGGUCAGAUCUACUGCUCCAAGACGUGCAGCCUCGGGGAAGACGUCCACGCCUCGGACUCCUCCGACUCUGCCUUCCAGUCGGCUCGGUCGAGGGACUCCAGAAGGAGCGUCCGCAUGGGCAAGAGCAGCCGGUCAGCAGACCAGUGUCGCCAGUCUCUCCUCUUGGCCCCGGCUCUGAACUACAAGUUCCCCGGCCUCUCAGACAACGCUGACGACACCCUUUCUCGGAAACUGGAUGAUCUGAGCCUUUCCCGGCAAGGAGCAGGUUUUGUCAAUGAAGAAUUCUGGAAAGGCCGGGUGGAGCACGAAACCCCAGAAGACCCUGAAGAGUGGGCUGAGCAUGAAGAUUACAUGACGCAGCUCCUCCUCAAGUUUGGUGAUAAAAGCCUCUUUCAGCAGCAGCCCAGCGAGACGGACAUUCGAGCCAGCGAGCACUGGAUAUCUGAUAACAUGGUUAAAAAUAAGACCGAGUUGAAGCAAAAUAACCAGAGCCUUGCAAGUAAAAAAUACCAGUCUGAUAUGUAUUGGGCGCAGUCCCAAGAUGGACUGGGCGAUUCUGCGUAUGGCAGCCACCCGGGCCCCGGCAGCAGUCGAAGGCUCCAGGAGUUGGAUCUGGACCCCGGGGCCUCGGGAUACAAUCACGAGCAAGCACAGUGGUACGAAGAUUCCCUGGAGUGUCUGUCAGACUUGAAACCAGAGCAGAGUGUUCGAGAUUCCAUGGAUUCUUUGGCUUUGUCUAAUAUCACAGGGGCUUCGGUGGACGGAGAGAGCAAGCCGAGGCCGUCGUUAUAUUCUCUGCAGAACUUCGAGGAGAUGGAGGCAGAAGACUGCGAGAAGAUGAGCAACAUGGGGACCCUGAACUCGUCCAUGCUGCACAGGAGCGCCGAGUCCUUGAAGAGCCUGAGUUCAGAGCUGUGUGCGGAGAAGAUCAUGCCCGAGGAGAAGCCAGUGCACCUGCCGGUGCUCAGAAGGUCCAAGUCCCAGUCGCGGCCGCAGCAGGUCAAGUUCUCGGAUGACGUCAUUGACCACGGGAGCUACGAGAACAUCGAGGUCCGGCAGCCCCCGAUGAGCGAGCGCACGCGGAGGCGCGUGUACCACUUCGAAGAGCGCGGGGCGCGGCCGCAUCACCACCACCACCGCCGCCGGCGAAGCCGCAAGUCCCGCUCGGACAACGCCCUGAAUCUCGUGACGGAAAGGAAGUACUCGCCCAAGGCCAGGCUGCGGCUCUACACCCCCGACAACUACGAGAAGUUCAUACAGAGUAAAAGCGCCCGCGAGGUGCAGGCGUACGUCCAGGGCGCCGACCUGUACGGCCAGUACGCGCACGCCACCUCCGAUUACGCCCUGCAGAGCCCGGGCGUCCACCGCUUUCUGGGGCUCUGCGGGGAGGAUGACGACUCCUGGUGCUCCUCCUCCACCUCCUCGUCCUCCGACUCCGAAGAGGAAGGGUAUUUUCUGGGACAACCCAUCCCUCAACCUCGGCCGCAGAGAUACGCCUGCUACACAGACGACCUUUCUAGCCCCGCUCCUGCACUGCCCAGCCCCCAGUUUGGUCCGAGGACAACUAAAUCCAAGAAGAAAAAGGGACACAAGGGCAAAAACUGUAUCAUAUCCUAACCUGGUAGCUGUGGAGAUCGUAUUUAAACGCAGCCAUUAACCAUCUUAAAUCGUAUCUUUUUUUUUCUUCCAUAGGAGAGUUGCUAAAAUAGAUUAAAGUGCUUUGCCCAUGUAAAUGAGACCCCGACUGCUGUUUACGGUGUCAGAUUAACGUUUGGAAGGUGUGAUUUCUCCAGCUGACCCUCCUCGGAUGGUGCCAGGUGGACGGGACGUCUGGUUCCUGUUGGGUGCAUCCCAGUUCGGUACAGCUGCUCUGGUCUCCGGCUCUUGAGUCUCCAGAAGCUGUUGAGUGGUGAUUGGAUGGGGGUGUUGCUUUUAGACAACGGAGAACUUGAGACGCCUUUGUCAAGCACUAGUGAGUGGUCGUCUGCGCGCCAGGUUGGCCCAGGUCCUGACGGUCUGUCCGCGCAGUCACACGACCCAGCCAGCACUGUGCGUCCUGUCCUGCGAGGCCACCUCCUCCCCCCUCCAACCCUCAGUAGCCAGGUAAACGUUACAUUGUAUUAGCUCCAGCUCCAGAUUGGGGGAGGGGGGGAAAUUGCUAUUUAUAAUGUAGUAUUUCAUAGACUUAAGUGUAUUCCUAAUUUAACGGUGCAAAUAUUAAUGUACAUACUGUACAGUUCAGAUUUUAAAGCUGAUAUUUUUAUACCCCUGAAAUGCAAGACGUUUGUUACCCUGCAGUGCUAGAUUUGUUAGGGGACCAGAAAGCGCAUUUAUGGAUGAAACGAUUGCUUGUAUUUUAGUCAGGGUUUAUGAGUUUAGAUGGUCAAAUUUAUAUUGCCUAGUGAUGGAAAGUUCCAUUUUUUUUUUUAUUUUUUUCAAUAUUAAAAAGGCUCUGUAUGCAUGGAGGGGCUAUGUAAAUACUCUUUAAAACUAUGGCCCUAUUAAUCUUACAAGUGUUAUUUAUGGGUCAAGCAAUGUAAACUGUAUAAAUGUAAAAACAAACAAAAAAACCCCCCACACACAUACCCUGGAAUAUAUGGUAAAAACAA